CCGCGCCGCCGUGCCAUGAGCGCCUUUAAACGGCAGGUGCGGAGGAGCCAGGCACACGCGCCACCGGCGGCGGCGGCGGCGGCGGCGGCGGCGGCGGCGGCGGCUCCGGCCCGGCGGUAGCGGCGGGCGGCGCCUCUCGGCGGCGGCGGAGCGGAGCAUGUCGGUGGCGACCGGGGGCAGCGAGGCGGCGGCGGGCGGCGGCGGCGGGAGCCGCGUUUUCUUCCAGAGCCCCCGCGGCGGCGGCGGGAGCGGGAGCGGCGGUGGCGGCGGCUCCUCCCGGGAGGACUCGGUGUCGCCGGCGGCGGCGGUGGUGCAGGUCCAGCAGCGGCGCCACCAGCAGGGCAAAGUGACGGUGAAAUACGAUCGGAAGGAGCUGCGGAAGCGGCUGGUGCUGGAGGAGUGGAUCGUGGAGCAGCUCGGGCAGCUCUACGGCUGCGAGGAAGAAGAGAUGCCAGAUGUAGAAAUUGACAUUGAUGACCUUCUUGAUGCAGCCAAUGAAGAGGAGAGAGCUCUCAAAUUACAGGAAGCUCUUGUAGAUUGCUACAAACCAACAGAGCCCUCCAAGGAAUAAUUUGUAAGCUCUUGAAUCUUUAACUGAAUUAUUGGAAUUUAUCAAAGAGCUGCUAACUCGGAUAAGAGGAAUGAGGAAACUCAGUCCCCCUCAAAAGAAGAGUAUAUAAAUAACUCCAAGUAGUAGCACUCUGUAAAAGACAUGGCAAGGGAAAUUGGACUUUGAAUACAAGACCUUUAUUAAAAUAGUUGUCUAUCUCCACAACUUUUUUGAUUUCAUUCAGUUUUGACUUUUACUCGAGGAAGUUCUUUUGUGUGUUCUAAGGGUUCUUUUUUAAGUGUCAAUUUUUUAAAUCAAGAAUAUCAACAUUUUGGAUGCUGCUCAACUUUCACUUGAGGAUUACUGAAGCAAAAGGAGAAUCCAAGAGUUAGUGAUGAGGGGCAGCCAGCCUACAUGGUGAAUCAGAAGAUCUUGUAAAUUUACAGAGCUAGGAGACUUUUCCUUGCAACUAGUUGGAUAAUGUUUUUUAAGUUGGUUGUACAUUUAACUCAUGGAUGUCAAGUCUCUUGUGCUUGUCUGUACAUAAAUUAUGAAGUGGGUUGUGAAUACUGUUUCACAUGGAUGGAAGGAAAAAUUUGUUACAAUAAAUUAUUUAAAUGGUGGUUAUUGCAAACUUGCUACCAGAAGGCAACAAUUUAGAUUACUAAAAUGAGUGCUGCCAUUUUUCUAAAUACCCUUAAAGCAGCCCAGUGAAGAAUUUCAUCGUAUCUCCUUAAGACCGCAGCAUAUGAGAACUGGGAAUUUUAAGGGCUUAAUUUGUAGAAUUAAAGUUAUUUUAUUGACUUUGAUGCUUCGCCAGAUCAUUUCCUCUCCACCUCAUGGUAUCUUGGAACUGUAUUAUCCAAUACCGAAUAAGGGCCUGCAGUGCUAUCUAGAGAAAUGUCUAUCACCAUUUAAAAGAUGCUUCACAGUGGAGGAAAAGGCAGUGCUAUGAAAAUGCAUUAAAAGCACUAUCUUGUAUUUAGUGAUGUGGUUUUAAUCAAAUGCAGACUCCUCUCUAUUAGUAGAUAAAGAGUACUAUAGUGUUUGUUUAUGGCUCUGCCCUGAGAAGUAGGGAGACCUCUUAACUUGGGUUCUCUUACUUGCAAAAAGCAAGAACAGAAGAGAGAUCCCUGAUCCCUCCUGGAAAAUGUCCUAAGAUGUUCUAUAAGCUACCAUAUGCUGGUAGGUGACACUAGUCAGGCAUUUUAUAUCAAGGGUGCUCUGAACAUAUUUUAUUUUUCAAAAGAAGUACAUGUUUGUGAAUUUUAUGUAUACUGGCAAGCUUUUUUAAUGUAUUUAAUUUUGUAAUGUUUACUGAUGAUUUUAUUUACCAGAUAUUUACUCAAAUAAAUGGAACAACUUGUGA